AUGGCAUGGCGUUACAACGCCUCCGCGGGCAAUAGCGCCUUUGGACCCUCCUCGACAACCCCCUUCGCGACGGCGAACAUGGGCACGAGUGGCGGUGCCAGUUUCCGUAGCACCGGUGGCACGGGGUUGGCUAGUGGGGGCAGCGCCCUGUUCGGUGGGGCCUCAGCCAACGUUUUUGGUGCCGGGGCCUUUCUGCGCAGCAACGCCGUCUCUGCCUUUGCGACCCCCAAGCAAGAGAGUGAGGAGGAAAAAGAGGAGCAGGGGAGCGAAAAUGAGGCACUAACCGUUGAAAUUGAAUCGGGGCCGUCGACGUUCGAAAGAGCCGGUCGUGUGGCAGACACAGACGCUCCCCCCGUCUUUGGUCGCAGCCAAGCCCCGACAACAUCACUGGCAGGCGCCUUAAUGAGCAACUUGGCGCGGAAGGGGGAGAUGUUGCCGGCGGCCGCUGCAUCGGAAGCGGGUGGGGUUCAGGAAGGCAAAAGCAGAAUCCUGCGGGGAGCGGGGCUAACAGAGCUUCUUUCGCGGAAAUUGUUCCCGCAGGCGAUGGAGGCGAAGGAGGACGACUACGACGAUGCUGGUGACGAGGGCGACUAUGACGACGAGGACGGGAGCGGGGAUGCGAGUCAUGUAGAUAGAGAGUUUGUUCGCAGUGCGAAUUCACUCUUUUCGCAGGUGGAGCCGGAGCUUCUCUCGGACGCCUUUGUUCCCUUCGAGCACGUUGUACAGGUUAUUGCCAACGAAGAUGGCACUGAAGCCACUGCGAGCGAGAUCGACGAGCGCUUGUCGGUGUAUUACGAGCUUCAAGAGGAUUUGGAUGACAUGAUGGGGCGCUACAUUGAGUCCCACCAUGACGAGUUCAACGAGGCCGUUGCAGGCUUUUCUGAGAUGGUGUUAGCCAUAUCCGGCAGUGAUGAAAUGUUGGCCCGGCUGAAGCAACAGCUUGCGAUGGCCGCCGCCUCCUUUGACAGCCUCGCGGAGCAGCUGCAGGUGUUGCGGAUGCGGGCCGCCAAGGCGCUCCUGAUGGCGGAAUCGCUGAAGGGGCUCGAGGCCUCACUUUCCUGCGAGUCUGAGGUGAAGCAACUGAUCGCCACGCACCAUUAUAUGGCCGCGGUGCAGCGUUUACGGCAGCACAAGGCACGGCUUGGGAUGCCCGAGGUUGCCAACAUCCGCGCCACCCAAGCGUUGCGCGAUUAUGUGGAUGGAACGUUGGAUACAAUGCAUGAGACCGUCGUUGAGGAUUUAAUGCGUUGCGUGUUUCGCCAAGGGCGCAUGUAUGAGGCGGACGCGCAGCUGGUGGGGCAGAUGCUAGUUGACGGUGCAUCUGAAUCGACGGUGGGGGCCUUAGACGCCUUUGCCACGCUCCAAGAGCAGCUUCAGCACGCCAGUGCCAGGGCGAGUAAGGUCGCCUUGACCUUCUCGGACGUCGUCAACGACAUCCACGACGACCCCUACGACGAGGAGGUCGUAAAGAACUACCUGCGCUUUAUUCCACUCUGCGUAAAAGCCAUGCAGGAGCUGGGAAAACUGCAUUGCUGCUACGAGACCUUCUUCUCAAGAGCGACGCGGAGCAUUGAGCAGUCUAUCGCGGACUUUUUUCGCCUUUACGGGGCGUGGAGACAACGCGCGGCGCGGUCAACGAGUGUCACGGGAAGCUCCGAUGCCGCCACGGUGCGGGUGACGAAGCUUCAGGCAAAGGGGCUUGCGUCGCCCACCAUUUCCUACGACGAGGCUGUUGCGCUCAUUCAACGCCCAGAGCUGAGUGCAAUGCUAAACGCCCUUUUUGCGGAAAUUGAAAAGAUUGUGCGUAACGCGGAGUAUCUUAUUAAGGUGAUUCUUGUCGCCAAUUUUCCGUUUCUUUCCGCGUUUUUGAUGCGGCCGGGUGGUUUUUCUGCGGACGCAACAUACCGCGACUGGGAUGUCACGCAAACUCCGCUGCAAAGGCCAGAGGAGAUGCGGGAGAUACUCGCGACGGCGCUCUCCAAGACGCUCGCCAAGUAUGAGGCGCAGGAAAAGGAUGAGGAGCACAACGCGGGGAUGCUGGUGCUAAGACGGUUAAUAGUAAAGUUGGACGUGGAGGAGACCUUUCCGCGCCUCGCAACUUUGACGGGAGGACGUGUUUGUCUCUGCACCGUGCUGGAUGCCGUGUCUGAGGCUGCCGAGGCAGUCAUGCGGGAAUUCCCCGACGACGGCGAGGAGAAAGUGACGGCGUGCCGUAUAGAGUUGAGUAGCUUGGUCUCCUCCAUGGUGCUUCAGGCCUUUCGGCGCGACGUCAACGAAAUGUAUUCCCAGUGGGACUUGCAGGUGUUGUCGUCGCAGCUUAGCUAUUACAUCGAGUUGAUUUUCCGCCUGCUCUGCGAUGCAAAGGAGUUGGAGGAGGAUUUUGGUGACGAGAUCGCCCUCAAACCCUUUUUGAAGCAUCGGAAUCUCGCCGGUCGCGUGCAUCGCACAGCUGUAUUGAUGAGUGGCUCCGCCGCGGACAACUUCUCUUCGCUUGAGAAGCUGCUCUCUGCCCAUGACUCUUCUGGCCUGCUUGCGGUGAUGGAGCAGACGGGGCAUGUAUCGUUUAGUCUUGUGGUGGCUGUCAAGUACGCCCAGCGGGAGUUCAAGCGCACCAAUGAGGGGCAAAGGAGGCGGUCGAGGGCAGGCUCCACGUCGGCCGCAGGCGCCUCCAGCGCUGGCGGAAGAAGCGGCAGUGCGCUGCUGCUUCAGCAGGCAACGACGUUAACAAAUUGGUUUGUUCUGACUCCAAUGAAUAUCUUCACCUGUUACGAGUCUGUUCGUCGUUUUUACCAGCGCUGUGCCGUGCGUGCCCCUCGGUUUGUCAGUGUGUCCCGUGAGGAAAUGGGGAAUUCCUUCCAACACUUUUUACAGAAGACCUGCAUCCCCACCUUGUACCUCUUUCACGUGCAGGAGCUGAGGCGGCUCUUUGCGGACAUGUCGGAGUCGGAGAGUUUCGCCGAUGAGGCGGUCGCAGGCGGCGGGGUCGACGCGGGAAAGCCACCGAGGAGUCCAACGGUGCCGUCUCACACGGCCACGGAGCCGCCUAUGCAUCACCACAAGAUUCAACAGGAGGGAAUCAAGUGGCCCAUUGUCACACCUCGCCAGGAAGGCGAGAGUGGGUAUCCGAUCCUCACCUGUGUCCAUUACGUUGGCCAGGUGCUGCAGAAGAUUGCCCGCACCUGUCGAAAGCUGCCUAACAACCUUGCCGACGUCGCCCAGCAGAACAUUACAGAGACGCUACUUUCCGAGCUCACUAUGUUUCUUAAAAAGAAAUUGCACCUCAUUACGCACCGCACCUUGUACCACUAUUUGCUCCACGCAGAGUUUGAGGAGGCGUUUUCUGUGAGCCCCGGCCCACGAUGGCGGGCGCUGUGUGAUGAAACGCACCUCUUGGACGCCCACAACGCCGUUGACGCGGAUUUAUUUAGGUACUACGCAUACAACAACGAGCGACGCACGAGUGGACAUGAGUACAGUCACGUUGCACAUGAUUUUGUGGGAGCUGAGCUGGUUGACAAGUCAAAAGGCAUCGGUGACGCUGGCAUUGACGCGAGCAUUGGCGACAUUCCCCCUGCAGAGCUUGCACUGAGGGGAAAUGGCGUGGCAGUGGCACUCGCCAUUCUCUGCUACUCCAUGGAGUGGCUCUGUGACGUUGUUCUUCAGACGGUUUGGCAGGAAGGGUGGCACUACGGCUCCAACGCUGACUGCAUGGUCCCAGGGAGGGUGUUUUGUGGGCGCUACGAGCGGUGGUCCGCCUCAUUGGCCGCAACCACGAGCAGCGAUGGGACGCGCUGGGUGCGCCUCGGUGGUAUUCUGCGGCAGAUGUACACCGUCUCGCAGGUGUGUAUUUUCUAUCUCUCGCUCGAGGCGCGUUUUGCGGCGUUCCAGUACAUCCCACAGCUCCGCGAUGAGUCGUACAACAUCGUGGCCACCGCCCCCUCCCCGGACACGUUUGUGCAGGCGUACAACCGACGCAUCAUUAACUUCUUCGCCCUUCUAAAGUUGCACCUGUCGGGGCAGAAGCUGAAGUACGUGGGCAUCACCGUCGCCAAGCCGCUGAGCGGCUUGAUCAUGCUGGAGCUUGCCCACCUCCGCGACAAGGCCAUCUCCCCCGCCGGGUUGACGCGGCUGCGGGCCAAUCUCCUUUCCAUCGAGACGGCGCUGCAGCUGUUGCUCCCCACCGACGAGGAGGUGCGUGACGCGGUGAGGCAUUACUUUUCACGCCCGGCCACCUUUCUGCGCCACCUGCCAAACAAGAACGUGGUCAGCGACCUCAUUACCAGCGGGGAGUACAAGCAGUUCUCGACGCAGGAGAUGGAGGAGCUCAUUCGACUUGUGUUUCGCAGGGAGGCCAGCGAGGAGUUCGUGGCGGCGCAAAUACAACUGCUGCACACGAAACUAAAGGCCGUGACCCCGGCUCCCCCUCAGCCGGAAACGGCAGCAUCGCCGCCGUUGGCCCUCGCAGACCCACUCCCGGCCGAAAAGGAGCCGCAACCACACGACAAGGCAGAGGGCAACGGUGAAGAAGAAGAAGAAGAAGAGGGUGAAGAAGAGGAAGAAGAGGGGGAGGAAGAGGAAGAAGAGGGAGAGGAAGAGGAAGAGGAAGAAGAGGGGGAAGAAGCGGAGAGUGAUGCGGUGUGGCAGGCAACGGAGCGAAGGCCGUCGCGCUACGUAGACCCCACAGCGAUGAUGUUUGCAUCGCCGCUGCCUGUCGGCGACGACAACCAGGACAACCGCCGCCGCAACGGCAGUGGGGCAGCCGACGGGGCCAAGCCCUCCGCCCGCGAAGGAGCUGGCUGA